AUCCAGAUCCAUUCGAAAUGGCUUCCACUGCUUGCAUUUUCUGUAAGAUCGUUAAGGGCGAGAUCCCUUCUUUCAAGCUUUUUGAAAACGACAAGGUCUUUGCUUUCCUUGACAUUCAGCCACUGAGCCGUGGCCAUGCGCUCGUGAUCCCCAAGUUCCAUGGCGCAAAGCUUACCGAUAUCCCUGAUGAGGAUCUUCGUGAAAUUCUGCCCGUCGCUAAGAAGCUCGCUCAAGUGAGUGGUGCCGAGAACUUCAACAUCCUGCAGAACAAUGGCCGCAUAGCUCACCAGGUUGUUGAUCAUGUUCACUUCCACAUGAUCCCCAAACCCAACGAGACCGAAGGCCUUGGUGUCGGAUGGCCCACCCAGUCUACGGACAUGGACAAGCUCAAGGCUCUCUACGAGGAGCUGAAGGCUAAGAUGUAAAUCUGGCUGAAAGAUGGAGUGAAGCUUAAAUAUAUCGCCUACUCUUAGGAUUAUUCGAGUGACAACACUGUCCCAUCAAGUAGGAUGAAGAAAAACCCAGUAGCCUCCUGACAGCAGCGAUGGUUGAAAAUCAAUGAAUGAGAUGAAUAUUCAUGCAACGUACACUCUCGUGGAUCAUCUAUUUACCACAUGAAAACAUAGAGAUCGGGAGCCCAUAUAGUUAUCAUCUUAUCGGCUCCCUUUCUGAAAGGAGUAAAGAACAGCCAUUCAGUCGACGUCGUCGGGAGUCGUCUCGAUGGCAAUGUUUUCAGCCUCCUUUUCGCUCUCCGCAGAUGUCUUAUUCGACUGCGGGUAGAAGUUGAGCUUCCCGCCACCCUG